AUGUCCAAAGUAGCGGUGUUUGGCGGCGAUUACGUCGAACGACUGAAUCGAUUUUGCAAUGGGAACUUGAAGGUUGAGACUGGUGAAUACCGAUUUGUCGGACUUGGAGGUCUGAGAACAGACAACAUCCCGGAAAGCCUGUUUGACGAAGUGUUACUGUUUGCACCCGACAUCGUCCUAGUUCAUUGUGGAGAAGACGACAUCAAAGAGGGCAGCAGCCCGAAGGAGAUAGUCCAGAGACUGGAGUCCAUCGACGAGAGGUUCAAGCAACAUGGCGUCAAAAGGGUUAUCAUUGUGAAAUUUGUCCGUCGCGGACUGAACUUUGCUGUGUACAACAAACAGAUGAAUUCCGUCAACAGACGGCUGAAGAAGAUAUACGGAAAAGAUGCCAUUUACUCUAAGGUCUUAUACCCCAAGUACUAUGCCGAAGACCAAGUAUAUUUCUCAGAUGGCGGCCUCAGAAGGAGGGUGAUGAAGCGUGUGUGGGUGUGGGUAAUUGUUGGCAUUCUUCCACCAGAGAACUGUUCAAGCACACCUGUCGUGGGCACACCAUCUGACUUUGUGAGAAGUGACAACUACCUGGACGAGUUAUGCGGGCAGACGAUAAACCUGGGCGCCCUGACUGUGCCCUCCUGUCGUCUGCUACUACGGCGGCCCGAGAAGCACAUCAAACACUUCAACUGCCCCAUGACCGUGGAAGCGCCCCCUAACACCCACAUGGUUAUCAAGGUCACCUCCAUCUACAUCGCGUCACGUUUCGGCUGUGAAAAGGACUACCUGCAGUUUCUUGACGGAACAUCCGGCAUUGACGUCAUCAGUCCCGAGCUAUGCGGCAGCACGCCACCCGAGUUCUCCUACGUCACGGGACAAAGCAACGUCAGCGUCAUCUUCAUGAAGAGGCUGCAGUUUGUAGCUGACCAGUUUGAGGUCAUCUUCACCGCAGCUACCAAAGCCCCGUGCCAGUCUGGCGAGUUCGCCUGCGACAACGACCUCUGCAUCAACGAGCGGCUGCAGUGCAACGGUUUCAACAACUGCGGCGACGGCUCCGACCUGUGUGCGCUCAGCGUGGGCGCCAUUGCCGGCAUCUUGAUCGCCUGCAUCAUCGCACUCAUCGUGGUGGCGCUCGUUCUCGCCAUCUUCGUCUACAGGCAACGCAAGAAGAAAAUGGCGAAGUUUGAGCGAAUUAUUCACACUUAUUCCAUUGACGGAUCUCUACCACGUGACAAGAAGUUCAACUCAAUGUCGUCACGUGUUUCUGACGUGUAUGCUACUAUCCAGAAGGAUCGCAACAGCUACAAGAUCCACACCCUCGACCCCUCGUCGCUGACCGACUACUCCAAGAAACCUGGACCCGUCGGACCUGACGUCAUGGAUCACGUGGUCAGCUUCAGGGCCUAUCCGGCGCCGGUGCCGGAAAAGGACGAGUUGCUGUUUCAUUCGGGCUCUCCUCAAGGGACGCUACUCUACAACGGUCACACUGUUCGCCCUCUGUUGGAGAAACCUAGUGAGGAAACCGAGACCAAAAAACCACUUUCGGAAAAGCGUGGCAGUUUUGACCUUGUGACCUUUUACUGGUCGAUAAUGGGCUGUUGUAGCACCUUGGGUGUCAGAGUCUUCAUGGUCUACCUUCAGAAACCAUGUCGCUCACGUCAGCUGGAUCUGGAGCCCUACUCGGUGGGUGCGGGACUGGUAGAGGUGUCUGACAAAGACGAGACCUAUGCCGACUACCUGCAAUGUUCUCUGACGAUCCGGGCAGCAAAGGGAGACAAUCUGAUGGUGCAGAUUCUUAGGCUGGACGUAGAAUUCUCCCACUUAUGUAAAUCCGAUUAUCUUCAGAUUAUUGACGGGACGGUGUACAACAACAGACCACUUGACGGUAUUGCAUUCGACUGGCAGAACGGUCAUAUUUGUGGCAGACGAGUGUACGACAAGACGUACGUGUCGAAAACAAAUUACGUGACAAUAAACUUCACGAGUGACAGCUUAACUCACUACACUGGUUUUACUCUCAUGUUUACGCCAUUUCACACAGGCGUGUGUACGAAAAAUGAAUUCCGGUGCAAGAACCAGAGAUGUAUACACCGCAGUUUGGAGUGCACCAAGUACGACCACUGCGGCGACAACUCCAACGUGUGUGUACCGGACGACGCCGCCACCAUCAUCAUCGCCGUAGUAGUCGGAGUGGUGCUGGUGCUGCUCGUUUUAAUCGUAUUCACCAUCCGAACUGUUCGCUCCCGAGCUGCUAGCGAAGUACAAACCGGAAGUGAAAUGAUAUCAACGGGAGACGUAAAGCCAGUAAACGAUAAUUUAGAGAAGCCAUUACUAGCCUCCGAUUGCUACCAGUCUGUGCAUGAGACUGUGACAGCGCAACUUGUCCAAGACGCCCCAGUGUAGUUACUGUUGGAAGAUAAAACAUACAAUCAGUUGAAUGGAUCUACCGAGGUGGUUCGAUCGCAAGCACCUCGGGCGACAACUCAACCGACUGAGCUAACUUCUGCCCACACAAGACUGCAAACUAUUUCUGCGGAUAUACUAGUAUUUUAAAAUAGAAAAAUAGCUGCAAUCUGUGGCCUCCUGGACAUUAAAUAUCAACUAACCAAAUAGGUAUAAGUAACAAUAUUUCAGAUGAAUUUAUACAUAGCGGACUACAGUAGGCAGAGGCGAAUCUAGGGGGAGGGCAGGGGCUCGCCCUACCCCACCCUAAAUUUUGCGACAGCUAUAAUUUUAUUAUAUAUUAAUUUUCAUUUGUUUACAUUAUCCCUCCAAACCUCCCCCAAAGUUCCAUUGGGGUUCCGCUUUAAUUCAAUGGGGGCCCCUCUAAAUGGAUUUUCUGGUAGGCCUAAUUCAAAGUCAA